AUGAGACCCGUCACCUUCCCGGCCAUUGACAUUGCGUGGAAGAAAGCCAUGGUAAACGUGAAAGAAGAGGACGUUAUAAUAGUAGAGGUUCCUACAAACCAUGUCCACAGAAAGCUUCAAGCUAGACUUUUGCAGAUGAUUGCAUUGGGUGCUACUAUUGGUACUGGUCUCUUUGUCGCUUCUGGAAGCACCAUUGUGUCAGCUGGUCCUGCUGGUGGUCUUCUAUCCUACGUCAUUGUUGGAUUCUUGGUACAUGGAGUCGUAACUGCCUUGGGUGAAAUGUCCACCCUUUAUCCAAUAUCCGGUUCUUUCAACGUUUAUGCUUCUCGGUUUGUCGAGCAGUCUCUCGGAUUCUCUAUGGGUUGGAACUACUGGGCAUCAUGGGCUAUCACCAAUCCUGCAGAAUUAUCAGCUGGUGGUAUGAUCAUUCAAUAUUGGCUACCAAGCGUGCAACCAGUGAUAAUAGUCAUAUUAACAGCAAUCAACAUGGUUGGUGUACGAGGUUUUGGUGAACUCGAAUAUUGGCUCUCCCUAAUCAAGGUCAUUGCCAUCGUAAUCUUCAUCAUUAUCGGAAUAUCCGCCGUCUGUGGUGCUUUCCCGUCUGUCGGGAAACUCGGCUUCACGUACUGGAUUUCUACUGACCAUCAUCCACAUUGGACGCCGUCCUCUAAUGGUCUUGCUGGUAUCGCAUACGCAUUUCCCACUGCUUUCUACAGUUUCGGUGGAACAGAAUUGGUUGGUAUUACUGCCGGUGAAGCUGCCGACCCACGGGAGACUGUACCAAAAGCCAUUCGUGGUACUUUCUGGCGUAUCAUCCUCUUCUAUGUAAUGGCUAUCGUACUGGUCGGAUUGCUGAUACCUCAAGAUGAUCCCGGUCUCGUCGAUUCUGCUGGAGACAUCACCACCGCUCCUUUCGUCUUGGCUUACGAAAAAAUUGGUAUCGCAGGUGCUGCCAACGUCAUGAACGCCGUAAGUUUGAUUGCUCUUUUAUCUGCUGCAAAUUCCUCCAUCUAUGCUGCAUCUCGGACCCUUAUGGGUAUGGCUGAAUCUGGUUUGGCACCCAAAAUCUGUGGCUUGGUAGACAAGCGUGGUGUCCCAUGGGUAUCUCUGGCCAUCUCCGUCCUCAUCGCCUGUAUCUCCUUCUUGAGUUCACUGUUUGGUAACGGCCUUGUUUUCUCAUACCUCGUCAACAUUAUGGGGAUUGCGUCUCUGUUGACUUGGAUUGCCAUCUCUGUUACGCACCUGCGGUUCCGUGCUGCAUAUAAAGCUCAAGGAUUCCGACUGGCCGAUUUGCCAUUUAGGACCAGAACAUACCCAUUCAAUGAUAUUUUCGCAAUUUUCAUCAGUUUCUGGAUCAUUGCUUCGCUCGUCUACGCCGCUGUAACAUCGCCAUUUGUUGAUCCAUACACUUACUACGACUCUUCUCUGUAUGUCGGAAUCCCUCUCUUCACCAUCAUGUACUUUGGCCACAAACUGUAUACCCGUUCACCUCUGAUUCCUCUUACUGAUAUCGACUUGAUUACUGACCGUUACGUCGACGAAGUAUCAACCAAAACUGGUGUACCCCCAGCCAAGAUAAUCGAACCUAUCCCAUAG